AUGGCAAAUGCAGGCCCCUCGGACCGGCGGUCCUCGUCUCCUCCGGACGGCACCUACCAGCAGGGAGACGACGACGACGAGCACGACGAGGCCGGCCGGGCGCCCGCCGAGCCGGCAGACUGGGAUCUCGACACGGACGACGUCCGCUCCAUCUCCUCCUCGGACCUGACCUGGCCGUUCACCUGUACAGCGCCUUUGUACUCAGGCGGCGCCGCCGACUCGCGGGGGCCGGGACGCGGCCGCCGCUGA